CCAACGUUUUACUAGUGUAGUUUGGUACCACAUGUCCGCAAAUGAAGAGAGUGCGUUCCGUCGGCACUCCCUCGACAAACUUGCUGAUGCGAUUUCGGGACUUGACCAAGUAGUCGCCGCGUGCCAGGGAUACGGGCUCAACAAUUACCAGAACCCGGAAGCAGCCAAGCUCGAGCUGAACCAGCGAUACAAUGAGUCCCUCCUCUGCAUAGCAAUCCUUCGCGCGGCGCUCGCUGACAUUCCCAACCUAGGAACCUUCGCAAAAUGUUUAACGCCGCUUUUAUCUCAGCUGGACUGGCUGCGGCGGACCUCACCGGUUCUGGCCAAGGCCGCCGAGCGUGCUGUGCAGGGUUUUUGCACCGCGGACUGCCAGGCGACUGGCGGUCAGACCGGCGCGACCCCUAGCGGUCAGGAGGCAGCAGGCGUAUCUGGCAGCGCUGUGGCGGGAGGCGACGAAUCCGCGAGCUUGGGCGCGCAGGCCCACGUCCUGGUGGCGGCGGUGGCCCCGGCAUGGCUGCUUCUGUUCGACGCGCUGCACACGGCGGUGGCACGUGUGGCAGCGUCGGAUUCGCCCGCUUUGCAGGCGCCCUCGGAGCCGUUGCAGGCCGCCAUGGUUGCGUUGCAAUCGGAGGAGGAUUACUGCACAGACACGCUGACAGCUAUCUCGAAGCUGGCACGUCGGCUCGCAGCCGCCGACAAAGCGGCGGCGGGGACGGCAGGCGGCAGCAGCUCCGGUGGCGGUGUGGCAGCCGUGAAGGCCAGGACAGCCGCGGCCGGCGGCAGCAGUGACACAGUGCAAGCGGCAGGCAGCAGUGCCUGCGCUGCCAGUGCUCCCACUCCUGGCUUCCUCACCCUCACCUGCUCCGCCUCGGGCCGGGACAUCCGAGCCUGCCGCUGCGAGCACCACCACCCUGGCAAACUGCGCAAAGUCAUUGGGGCCGCCGGCGCGGCCUUUGUUUCGGCCAAAAUGGCUGGGCUGGUGAAUGCACCCGUUUUCAACGACGUAGUGGCAGAGGCGGGCCGACUGCUGCGCUACUCACCAGAGGGUGAGGCCAGCGACCGGCCUCGCGGGGCCCUGGCGGGAGAGGGACGCUCGCCUCAGGAGAUUCAUCAUCAGGAGCAGCAGGCCAUCGAGCUGGACCAGCGAGUGGAGUACCUGCUGUUGCAGCUGCAGAUGACGACUAGCAUGACCAGGAUGGCUGAUCAGCUGCUGCUGGGAAGGCCACUGGAGGCGGCAGGAUUGGCUGCGGUGCAGCGCAUGAUGGCGUCGCGGGAGGUUCGGCGGCUGCAGGUGCUGGUGCUGGAGCGGUUGGUGAUGCACAGCGGCGGCGACGGCGGCGGUGGCGGCAGUAGCAGCAGCACAAGCAGUGGCAGUAGCAGCGGCAGCACGAGCAGCAGCACAGCCAGCAGCAGCCUGCAACAGUGGUGGUUGACGCGGUUUGAGGUGGAGAGCGGCCGCGUUGUGAACAGCAGCUUCGACGAGAAGGCGGGGGUGGCGAUGGAGCCGGCGGCGUGGGCGGAGCCGGCAAGGCAGGGCUCGCUUGAGAGCGCGCACAUGAAUUGGGUGGACAAGAGUCUAGUGCUGUGGGCGCGAAUGGCGGAAGAGCCUGGCGCACAGCCGCCGCCGCUGGCGCUGGUGCUGCGUCUGGCGAACAGGACCGCUGCGGCUCUGCUGCGCCUGAGCAGCAGUGGUGACGCCGGUGGCAGCCGCUGUGCCGAGGAGAACCGCGGAGGGCCAGGAUCGGGACCGGAACCGGGGCCGGGACUGGGGCUGGGACUGGGGCUGGGCGGUGCGACGUAUGGGCCCCAGCCACGCUUCCACUCCGCACAGCUGGUCCACGAGGCGUUUGCCUUUUCAAAGCGCCUGAGGGCGAUGCUGCAGCCCCUGGGCGGUGAUGGCAGUAGCAGCAGCAGCGGCUCGCGGGCCCAGCUCGAGGCGCUACUGCCGGAUGCUUUGGAGGCGGGGGCGCGCUUUCUUGCGCUGCAGGGGUUGGCGCUGCAGAGGCUGCAGCCGGCAUGUCUGGAAGCGCUGGUGAAGGCGGCGGUGGCUCCGGGCGCCGACGCUGCUGCCGGAAUGGCUGCGGACAUGGCGUCUGUGACGGCGGGUGGCGCCCUGAGCCCCGACCUGGCGGUGACGGUUCUGUGGGAAGGUGUGCGCGACAUGCUGCAGGACAUGCAGUGGGUCUGGCACUUGAAAACACCUCAAGGUCUCCUGCAUGGCGCCAGCCCGCAGUGCCGGGCCGCGGCGGCGGCUGUGGCUCGAAGGACGCGGCUUGUGGGCACACUGGAGUGCCUGACGCGCGCAGCCACAAGCGUCCAGCUGGCGCUGAUAGAUGCGGGCUGUACGGGCGGCGGGGCGGGUGGCAGCAGCAACGCCAGCGCUGGCAAUGCCGGCGGUAGCAGCACCAAUGCCGGAAGCGGCAACAUUAUUGCCGGCGGCGGCGGUGCUGGGGCGAGCGGCCAACCUAGCCAGCCCACUGCCGCUGCUGCUGCUGGUGGUGGUGGCGGCGGGAUCUGGAAGACCGUGAAGGACGCGAUGGGCUGGCUGGAAUGCCUGACCAACGCCGUGCGGCGGGUGUUGGCCGCUGAUGACCCUGCAUCGCCAGGUGGCGAUGGCGGUGGCGGCUCCAACACAAGUGGGGAGUGGGGCGGGCUGCUUACUGGCGUGAAGCGGGCCCGCGCGCUGCUGCGGCGGUUGGUGGCGGAGGUGUGGCCUGAGCCUCCGCCGCCGCCACCGCUGCCACCGCCGCUUGCUGCCGUGAGGGAUGGCAGACAGCAGCAGACGGCUGACGACGCGGGCGGGCACGGCGGCAGCGUGUGUCAUCAUGGCGGGGUACGCAGAAGGCGGCGCUUGGACUUGGACCUGGUAGAGGUCGUGGUGUUUCAGCUGCAGGCCUUGUUGGCGCAGUGCUGGCGCAAUGACGCUGGGCAUGACGACUUGCGAGGCGCGGGCGGUUGUGGUGGUCUGCUGGGCACCACGGCGGCAGCACGCCGGUCAGCUGGCACGGCAGUGGAGGCCAGCGCGUUCCUGCUGCGGGCGGCGAGCGAGCUCGGGCAGGUGGCAGGCUGCCUGCCGCCAUUCUUAUACAUCUCCCUGAACGAGAUGCACGUGCAGCUCACAGCCGCGUGUGUGGAUCUGUGGGCGGCGGCGGCGGCCGAGGCGGCCGAGGCGGCCGAGGCGGCCGAGCCGCCGGCCGCGGGGACCGAGGCGUCGGGGUUGGCCUCUGGGCCAUGGGCGGGCGAAGCGAUGCCCCUGCUGACCGCGCCGCAGCUGCUGGCGUGCCAGCCGCACCGACUGCUGGCGGCGGCGUGCGUCAUGCUGUCAGAGAUGCCCGCGAUGGUCGAAUGUGACCCGCACGAUAGAGACCUCCCGGAUGCGCGCUUCGCCCUCGGCCGCGCUCUGCUCCGGGCGCUGGCAGCGGCGGGCAGCCACCCGCAGCUGUCGCCGCACCUGCUCUCAUGGCUGGCGCCGCCGCUGCAGCAGCAGCAGGCCGCUGCUGGCAGCGCGGCGCCAGCAGCAGCAGCCGCCACGCCUGCGGCGGCGGUGGGCGCCGAAGCCAGCAGCACGGCAGCUGCUGGCCUGCUGCAGCCGCUGCAGCCGCUACAGCCGCUGCAGCCGCUACAGCCGCUACAGCCGCUGCAGCCACUUCGCGGCUGCCUGCGGGCUUUGGCGGCAGCCGCCCUGCCGUCCUUGCUCAACACGUCCCCAGGCACGCGGCGUUCGCAGCCGCCCGCGAACAAGGCCCAUGCCGCGACCAUCGCGGCGUUGCUGGAGCUGGCGGCGUGCUGGGCCUACGCACCCGGCGGCGGCGACAGUGAUGGCGGCCGCGGUGGUGGUGGCAGGGGAGGUGGUGGCAGGGGAGGUGGUGGCAGCGGACGUCAUAACGGCAGAGGCAGCGCCACGCCACGGGCUGCGGCGGCGCUCUCGCCGGCGGCCCAACGGGUUCCGGCCAGCGAGUGGCAAAGCCACUUCUACGGCUUUUCGUGGCAAGUUCGGCGGCAGGUGCAUGUGGAUCGCCGGUCCAGCUGCUUCCGCAAUGAACAGGAGUGGGAGCCGGUGGAGGAGGUGGCGACGGGGCUGUUGGCGCUCAAGCUCCCGAUUAGCGGCACGCCGAUCGCAGGCGUGUUUCGGGAGUAUGUGGGCGGCAGCGGCGGAGGUGAUCCUGCACUUGCGAAGAAAGCGGCUGUGGCGGCGAAGGUGCAGCAGCGCCGGGCGCAGCAGCAGAGCCUGCAGCAGCAGCUGAGGGAGCAGCAGCAGCAGCAGCAGCAGCAGCAAGCACAGCAAGCACGGCAGCAGCAGCCGCAACAGCCGCAGCACCCACAGGACCAGGAGGGGCAGGAGCGGGACCUGCAGCUGCAGCAGCAGCCGGAGCGGGGUGGCGGCGGGGUGGUGGCGGCGGUUGCUGCUACGGCUGUUGCGCCUGCUGCGGCGACUGCUAGGACCAUCAAGCUAGCUGCUGAGUGGCAGGCACAGUUGCCGCCGCCCCUGCCGGUGGACCCGGUGGCGGCGGCUUUCUUUUGGCUGCGCGUGUGCGGCAACCCGGGCUGUGAGCAGUUCGGGGGCGCGGCGGAGGCGCAGCUGGACUUGCGGCUGUGCGGCCGGUGCCGCUGCGUGCGGUACUGCUGCGUGGCCUGCCAGGCGGCGCACUGGGGCGCGGGGCAUCGGCAAGUGUGUGCGCGCGUGGCGGAGGUGUGCGCGGCGCGGGCUGCUGUGGCUGAGUAAGGAGCACAAGAACGAGCCUGGAAUGACUGCGGGCAGAGCGAUGUGGAGCUCUCUGGGGCUGUAGAACGUUGCAUCGGAACAACUGGAUGCCGUGAAAAGUAUAUGCGAUUGCAUACAAAGCUGAGAUAUCUACUCACUGCGGAACACAAUUGCUGAGCUCGUAUUACUAGUGCCAAGUCCGUUGCUUGUUGUGCACGUACACAGCUGUGAUGUGGCGAUACCGUAUUAUUACAUCUGCUGUCAGGUCGGUAUGCCGGCAGUGCAUAUUGCCGGCACAGCGCGCGUGUCUUGACUCGGAUUUGUGUGCGUUCGUGAUUUGACGCUAGCAGCUAGGGCUACACGUGUUGCUGAGUGGGAGUGGUGGCGCAUCCUUGCCGCAUUCGGCCAAUCGUGUGCCACUCAAAUUGUUCAACUAACCCUGCAGGUAAAGGAUCCCCGCCGCCCUGGCCAUGAUGUAGAUGGCUACUACAUAUUGGUACCGUGUAUACGUUAUUGUGUUCGUGGAGUCGUGGACCUGCUGGCAUGUAGGCCUUGCGUAGAUCGGUGUUGAGAUAUCGGUCAGAACUAAGGGAGGAAUAGGCCUUGCGUCUGUGUUCUUGAUGUCCUGCUUGUGGAGUGGCGUCACCACACACCUGACCGCUGGCCGGCUGCUGUGUCUUGCUUCAUUCGUGUGGGUUGCUGCUUCCAGGGCUUAGCGCUUGCUUAUUUGCUGGGCUUUGAAGCUGCCGGGAAGCUGCCGGGAAGCUGCCGGGAAGCUGACGGGAAGCUGCCGGGACGCCGGCGUUGCAGCAGCAGUACCAGGCGGGCAUGUUGGGUUACUCAAGUUGGUCCCGGCGGGCAGCACUCGAUGGGCGCUGCGUGCUUUGCGUGCUUUGCGUGCAUGCUCCGAACUCAUUCAUAUUGUAACCUUUCAUUUAC